UUUUCCCGCCACACAAACACAUGUACCCUUGUUUUGACUGAUACGUGUUGUCGGACGGGCAUCUUACGUUUGUUUGAUCUCCGAAUCUGAACAAUGUGGAUUCAAGUCAGGAGCUUCGAUGGGAAGGUUUCUAUGCAAGUUGACAACUUGUCAAAGUUGACGAAAAUCGAAGAUUUGCGAGAGCGACUUAUUGAAAAAUUCAAUGCUCCAGCUGAUCGACAGCGUUUGUUCUACAGAGGGAAACAGCUGGCAGAUGGUCAUUCACUGUUUGACUACAAUGUUGGCCUAAAUGACCUGAUUCAGAUCCUGGUAAGACAGGAUGUGCCGUCGGAGAAAGCAAAACCUACAGUUAAUGGCUACAACAGUGGCGGAGAGGAGAGUUCUGCAUCUGACAAGGAAAACAAAAGGCCUGUGACACCAGAGACAGUUGUUGCUACAACAUCAAGUGAAGAAACUGGAGAAGAUUUAAAGUCUACUUACAAGAUUGGAGACAUCAUUGAUGCAAGAGACAUUUCUGUAGGGGCUUGGUUUGAGGCUAAAAUUGUUAAAGUUGUGGUAGACACUGGGAAAAAGGCAGAAAGAGUAGCUGAACCUAACAAUAAUGAAGAUCCACAAAGUGGAGCUGAACCUAACAAUAAUGAUAAACCACUGAGUGGAAAACUGACAGAAUCUAGUGCUACAACAGGCAGUAGUCAGGACAACAAAGACACUGACAGUGGUGCCAAUUCCAUGGAGAUUGAUGGCGGUAGUGAGAUAAUAGACAAAGUGAAAACGGAGAAAAACUUUGAGGAAAUUGACAAUUUAAACGAUGGUUUUAUUUACCAUGUUGUUUUUGAAGGAUAUGAAGACACAGAUGCAGAAGAACUUGCAUGUGAAAGAAUCCGUCCCCGUGCAAAGACAGUUUUCAAACUUUCAGAGAUUAAAGAAGGACAAAAGGUCAUGAUCAAUUACAAUGUAGAUGAUCCUGACCAGCGUGGCUUUUGGUAUGAUGCAAUAGUUACUAAGAAACAGGAUACAAGAACAAUCAAAAAACUUUUAGCAACAGUUUUCAUUGGACCGGACCUGAUGCCCCUUGAUGACUGUGACAUUCUGUUUUUAAAUGAAAUAUUUGGAAUUGAAAUAGCUGGUACACAACUGAACGUUGAAGAUGUUGCUAAAGAUCCGUCACAAUCACCUGUCAAACGUCAGAACAAGCCAGAGUGCAGUCACUGUAUGGACAACCCACGGAGGAAGUGUAAACACUGUGCAUGUUGUGUGUGUGGUGGUAAGAAUGACCCCGACAAACAGAUUCUGUGUGAUGAGUGUGACCAGGCCUACCAUCUCCAGUGUAUGAAUCCUGCACUCGACAGCAUUCCUGAGGAUGAUGAGUGGUACUGUCCAGAUUGUAAGACAGAUAGUGACGCGAUUGUGAAAGCAGGCGAGAAGUUAAAAGAAAGUAAAAAGAAAUCAAGGAUGGCAUCGUCGACAAACUCCACGAGUCGUGACUGGGGCAGGGGAAUGGCUUGUGUUGGUCGUCAGAAUGUUUGUACAGUUGUUCCGGCAAACCACUUCGGCUCAAUUCCUGGUAUAGAGGUCGGCACCUUGUGGAAGUUUCGGGUUCAGGUGAGCGAGGAUGGAGUACACAGGCCACAUGUGGCUGGUAUCCAUGGACGCGAGGAUGCCGGGGCAUUUUCUAUUGUGCUGUCCGGAGGCUAUGAAGAUGACAAGGAUGAUGGAGAACAAUUCACAUACACAGGAAGUGGAGGUCGUGAUCUGUCAGGAAACAAGCGUACUGCAGAACAGUCAUGUGAUCAGGUUCUGACACGUACGAAUAAAGCUCUGGCCAAGAACUGCAAUGCCACGAUAGAUAACAAGAAAGGCGCCUGCUCAGAAGAAUGGAAGAAGGGGAAGCCAGUGCGUGUAGUGCGCAAUUGUAAGGGAAGGAAACACUCAAAAUACGCCCCAGAGGAGGGUAACCGUUACGAUGGCAUCUACAAGAUUUCCAAAUACUGGCCAGAGAAGGGAAAGUCUGGUUUCCUCGUUUGGAGAUACUUGUUCAAGAGGGAUGACCCCACACCAGCUCCCUGGACCAAAGCUGGCAAGAAACGUAUUGAAGAACUUGGCCUUGAAAUGCAGUACCCAGCAGGCUAUUUAGAAGCCAUGGCAAAGAAAGAAGAAGAGGAGGAAACAUCAAGUGGUGCAGCAGGAAAGAAGAGGAAAGGGAAAAGGAAACGAACAGACUCUGACUCCUCAUCAGGUGGCACGCCGGAGAAAAAACAGAAGGUGGCUAAAUACACAAUAAAUCCUGCCCAGAAAAAACUCAUCAAACAGGACGAAAUUAACAAGAAACUGUGGGAGGAUGCUAUGUUACUCACUAAGGAAGGGGGACAGAAGUUUCUGGGGAAGGUGGAGGAGCUAUUUAACUGUAUCUGUUGUCAGGAGGUUGUGUUCAAACCUGUCACCACUGUCUGCAACCAUACUAUCUGUAAGCCGUGUCUGACGAGGUCGUUCAAGGCCGAAGUGUACAACUGUCCCAUGUGUCGAACUGACCUGAAGCAGGAAGAAGAUGAACUCAAAGUGAACAAAACCCUUCAGACAAUCUUACAGAAUUUCUUUCCUGGCUAUGAGGCAGGCAGAUAGACCAAACUAAAGUUUAAUAUCACAUUAUAUUUUGUUGUUAUGUCAUAAUCUUGACACAAUAUCUCGCCCCAGAUACAAGGCAGAUAAUGAUCAAAACAUCGCAUAUCCAAUAUACGUCUCUGUUCUGGACAUUAGGUUGGAAGGAAGAUCAAAUUCAUUGAGACUAUUUUUUUUCUCCUCAAAUAAU